AUGAAGAGCACAUAUUUCUUGGCUUUCUUGGUGGGAGCGGCUCUGUUUGUGGGGACAGCUCAUUCCAUGAUGUGCUUCACCUGUGAACAGAAGUCGUCGAACUGGGGUUGCCUCCGGAUGUCCUCUUGCCCCCCAAAUGCUCAGAGAUGCCUGACGAUUGCAGUCCCUUCUGAAAAUAGUAGUGAACGGCUCAUCACCAAGAUGUGCGCUCCGGACUGCCCCAUGCUGACCCAUUUCUCCAGUUCUCUUUACUGCUGUGGCUACUCCUGGUGCAACAUCUGGCCUCCAAAAUGA